AUGCAUAAGGUAUUGAAUGGGCUCAAUGUACCGAAUCCUGCCACUCUUUUAGAAGAAUCGACUUCCGAUGAAGUUAAGGCUGCUUUGAAAUUAAACACUGACGAUGCUCUUGCUAUGGGUUGUUUCGGAGCCCCUUGGAUUCAUGUGCAUACACCAAAUGGAAAGGUAGAACCAUUCUUCGGUAGCGACCGUUUGCCCCUAAUUGGCCAUCUCAUCGGCGAGCACUACCAGGGACCACUCACUCACCUUGCGAAGAAUUGUUCAGUGUAG